AGAGUUAAGUGAAACUCUGAGAGUAACUCUUAGGUCGGACAUCGGUCUUAACCAGGGGAAUCCCUGUGCUAUAUUUAGAAUUCUGGGCACUCUUCAGUUUUAGAGGCAUGAUUUUGUAUCGCGUGACUGUCACGUGAUGUAAACACGCAGACGUGCAUCUGUCAACACUUCGCGCGAUGGAUUCAGCACAAAUGAUUGCAGUGAAGCGCAAACCGAAUUGGUCAUCUGACCAGACCUUGCUCCUGGUCCAACUUGUUGAUGAGCGGAAGGCUAUCAUCAAGGGCAAGUUUGGGCCAGGAGUUACGUCGCGGAUGAAGAAGGAGGCAUGGGUCGAGGUGGCAGCAAACAUCAAUGCUGCAUUUCCAAAUGUGAUCAGAUCGACAGAGGACUGCGAAAAGAGAUGGUAUAAUAUCCAGUCGAAGUCAAGGCAGGAGAUAUCAGCUUUCAAGAGACAGCUCAGUGGCACCGGAGGGGGACCUGGUCCGAGCAAGUUAAGUGUGGUGUCUGAGGCAGUUUACGAUGUUCUUGGACACACAAAUGUGAGCAUAAGUGGAAUUGAAGGGAGCUUUGAUUCAACCCUAUUCCAGGUCAUGGAUAUGUCAAACAGUUGUCAGGAAGCAGCCAUACUUGGCUUGGAAUCUGAAGUUUGUGGCGCCUUGCCACAUGGAGUUCAGGCCAGACCUCAAGCAACCUGUACUUCAGCCUCAGCUGGCCCCUGCUCCAGAAAAGAAGACUUAAAUGACCAACAACUUCUAAGAAAAAAGACAUUACUAGAAAUUGAUGUACUGCAACUUCAGAAAGAAAUGCUAACCCUAAAAUUAGAGAUGAUGAGAAAAGAUCAGUCUUAUAAUUGAAUAGUUAUUUCACAUUCUAUGCUUAAUUAAUUCAAGAUAUCAGUUGCCUUUACAGGAAUUUAAAUGAUUAAUUCACUGAAAUUCACAUAAUCAAGUUUUGUUUAGCAAUGUUCUGUAAUUUCAGUUAUUUCACAAAAGUCUAUAAUUAUAGGUUAGAAAGUAAUUUGGAUGUUAUUUCAUAAGAAAACUGUCUUACAUUGAAGUAAUAACAGGAAUUUUGAGUAAAAGAUUGACAACAAUAAUCUCAACAACAGUAUUAACAUUAACAAUUGAUUGUUUUGAUAUCUUUCAUGUAAAUAUAUUGAGUUAAAAUAGUUUUCAAUGAUUGUACCAGUUAACCUAAAUCAAACCUGUUGCAUUAUAAUAUGGGUAAGAUUGCUAUAUAUAUAUAUAUCAAAGGUAUGUUUGUAAAUAGUGAUUUUAUUGACAUGCAAUUUAUUGAUAAAGUAUUUCAUACUACUCUGAAAUUGAACAUAAUAAUUGGCAAAGAUAAGUUUGAAUGUAGCACAUGUAUGUUGUCUUUUGUCAUGAAUAAUUUUCCAGAUACUACUACAAAGUGGUGAGAUUCACUAGUGUACAGUCGCACAUAUGUAAAGAAUUCACACAAUAAUCAUGUGACAUGCAUUGUUCUCCAACAUGUUUUAGCAUUAUCUUCCGGAGAAUAUUCUGAAGAUUUUAUGAAGAUAAAGCUGAAAAUUGUAGGAGAACAAUCUGUGUCGUGUGAUUAUUUUGUGAAUUUCUUUACAAAUAUAAAUAUAACACAUGUCAAAGCAAAUACAAUGCAAAGUUUUUGUUUUCCACUCAAAUGCAACUAUCAUCUUGUACAUUUACUUGGUAAUAUUUUCUUGUUAAAUAACACAAAUAUCAUCAUCA